AUUUGGCCAAUCACUCCUUACGUCAUUUUUGCGUUCAUGUUCUAUUCAGCUUUCUGCAUUAUAAAGGAUAUGGAAUCUUCAAAUUCGAAGAUUCUAUCACAACAAAGAAGCAUGCUGAGGAACGUUCUUUGUGAUGGCGAAUCACUCAUCAAUAUGGAUGAUUUUCUCUUCAAACUGGGUGAAGAGCAACUAAUUACGAUCGCAGAGGCAAAAGAAACAAAAAAGAAAGGGAGCUGUGCAAAAAAAGCCCAAUAUUUAUUCUCAAUUGUUUCCCUGAAAACCUCCAAGCUCAAGUACGAAGAACUCCUCCAGAGGCUGCUAAACCAGGUUAAGGAUGUCGAUGCGAGGUCUUCACCACCAGGUUCCCUGGAAGACGUAUUUAAGAGAAACUGGGAUUUCCUAGCAGACGACAUGGACACCGAGAAAGUUGCGUAUAUUCUGCUCAAGUCGAGGAUUCUUUCGUCUGAGGAUCGAAAAGACAUCAUUGCUCAAGGGGUACAGCGAGACAAGACGACUUUGGUUAUACUGAAACUGACCAGUAAGAUGAAUUUCAGAAUUUUCAACAAAUUUCUGGGAGCACUUGUGAAUGUCGGUCAAUCUCACAUCGCGGAGAAACUAUGGACCCAAUGGGGAGACAUGGUUGGAGAACAUCUGGACCUUGGAGAUGCAAUUAUUAGCGAUGAAUGGGAGAUCAGAAUGGAACGAGUUCAUCUAUUGAGAAGCAUUACCUGUGAUGGGGAAGAGCUCAUUGACAUGGAUGACUUUCUCUUCAACUUAAGGGAGGAAGGUCUGAUUACAACAGCCGAGUCAAAAGAAAUAAAGGAAAGGCAGGACUGCGAGGGAAAAGUGCAAUAUUUCUUAGCAAUCAUUGCUGCAAAGAGCUCAAGGAUAACAUAUGAGAAAUUGCGAAAUGCGUUGGUCGACUGGAUGAAGGGCGUUCGCGAAGGGAGAAUUGGGACACCAACUUCCUUGCAAGGCAUCAUUUUGAAUAACUGGGACUUCCUUAUGGAGCGCAUAGAACUUCAAGUGUUGACUCAUCUGCUCAGGGUGGGAAUUCUAACGGCGAAAGAUCGGACAGACAUCAUUACGCUUCGGAAAGAGCGUCAUCAGAAGACGGUGUUGUUAGUGAAACUAGCUGCAAGAAUCGAUUUCAGCAUAUUUGAGAAGGUUUUAGACGCACUUGUUGAUGCCCAGCACGUUGAUAUAGCUGAGAAUCUGCGUUCACAGUGGAUGGACAUUGCUAGGGAGCACCCAGACCUUAUAGACACAAUUAUGAGCGGGAUGCCUUCACACAACGACAUUCGGAUGAUUGCCAGGACAAUUCAACUCGAGGAGGAUGAUUGGGAAGACCUUGGCAGGGAAUUGGGACUUGAUGAUGAUUCGCUAGGAGAGAUCAGGCAAAUGAAGCUCAGCCCGCUGGAAUCAGCUUAUCUCAUGCUGAGUGAAUGGAGGACAUCGACAUCGCACUACCGACAACCUACAUUUGCUGCACUCCGUGCCGCUCUUCUCGAGAAAGGCAUGGAAAAAACUGCCGAAGAAAUCGUUGACCUCAUCUGCAGAAGAUUUGCGAUGAAGUCAAGUGGUGAUACUUACCUGGAGUGCUUUUUCAGAAAUCUAUAUAUAUAAAGACGUAUGUCCUGACUGACUGACUGACUGACUCAUCAACGCCCAGCCCAAACCCC